UGUGAGUGGGAGUUCGGAAGCCGGUAUCAGUGCGAGGAAGAGGAACUGCGGUGAUGUUAAAAAUCUCGUUGGUGGCUGGGAUCAGGUCAGGAGUGGGAUUGAGGAGAACCGAUUUGAGAUGUCGGAAACUUCGCUAUUAACCAGCCUGGCCGACUCCUGGCUAGGGAGCCUCACCAUCAACCUCCUGUGCUACUCGACUGUCUUCAUUCCAGGCUACUUCCUCCUGCAGUAUUUCAAGAACUCAAAGUAUAUUGAAAGAGCGGAAUAUGAGAAUGGCUUGAACAACACAGCCCAUAAUGACAGUGAGAGUUCAUCAACCCGCAUUGUGCUUCCAAGCUUCCCAGGCUCUGGUCUCGUUUCCAAGUUAAUCACCUCCUGUGUGUACGGCCACAGCUAUGACAAGAUUGUCACAGACCCGGCAGGCGCCCCCAAGGGAGCCCAGGGCGAGCGCUCGAUGGGCUCCAGCUUCGUCCAGCUCAUGUUCUGCUUCGUGGGACUGCAGGUGUCCUACCUCACGUGGGGGGUCCUGCAGGAGAAGAUCAUGACGAAGGAAUACCAAAACUCAGAUGGCAGCAUAGGUCACUUCAAGGACUCACAGUUUCUCGUAUUUGUCAAUCGAAUCUUGGCCUUCAUGCUCGCAGCUUCGUACUUGGGCUUGACAAGGCAGCCUCGCCACACUGCACCUAUUUACAAGUAUUCAUAUUGUUCCUUCUCUAAUAUCAUGAGUUCUUGGUGCCAGUAUGAAGCCUUGAAAUAUGUCAGCUUUCCUACUCAGGUUUUGGCGAAGGCUUCAAAGAUCAUUCCAACCAUGAUCAUGGGCAAGAUUGUCAGCAGCAAAAAGUACGAUUAUUAUGAGUACUUCACAGCUUUCCUCAUCUCCGUGGGCAUGACCAUGUUCCUGAUGGGCUCAACGGAAGCCAGUGACAAAACCAGCAGCAGCACCACUAUGUCGGGAGUGAUCAUCCUGGUGGGCUACAUGUCGUUUGAUGCCUUCACGUCCAACUGGCAGGGAGAGCUCUUCACCCAGCACAAGAUGUCAUCGGUGCAGAUGAUGUGUGGUGUCAACUUCUUCUCUUGUCUCCUGACGACGACCUCCCUCCUUCAACAGGGUGGCUUUGGGGUCUCGUUAACGUUCAUGUUCACCUACCCGGUGUUCUUUUGGGACUGCCUCAUUCUCUCGGUAUGCUCUGCCACAGGCCAGCUUUUUAUCUACCAUACCAUAUCUACCUUUGGGCCUGUGGUCUUCAUCAUCAUCAUGACUAUUCGUCAGGGGUUGGCAAUCCUCCUCUCGUGCAUCUUGUACUCCCACCCGGUGACUGUCCUGGGCGUCCUGGGCAUCAUGCUGGUAUUUGCCGCCCUGUUCCUCCGCGUCUACUGCAGCCACCGACUGAAGCAGCUGCAGCAGAGGAAAUCGGCUGCUGAGACGUCAAAGGUUUAGGUUUGAGUAUGUCGUCCGCAUAGCUGAACAUGACACAAUUUGUCCUCUUUUUCUCAUUUCCGAGCCUUUUGUGCAUUUUCUGUUGUGGGGGGGUGAGAUGCUGUGGAGAAAUUGUUUAUUGCAUUUCAUGAAAAGUGUUGUAGAAAGCAAAUGCACAUGCAAUUGUUGAAGCUGGUGUUCAAUCAGAGAAAUAACUUAUUAUUUCCUGGGAAUGUGAUUGAGGUCAUAAGAAAUGAUAAAAUGAAUAUCAUUUCUCUUCUCUCUCUCACACACACACACACACACACACACACACACACACACACACACACACACACACACACACACACACACACACACACACACACACACACACACAC